UUGUGGGUGUGUUGAGACUUGAGGGUCUUUUCGCGGACAUUCAUAUUACGUACGGUCGAAAUACGAACAUCGCCUGUCGAUAAACGUGCGCACGGAUACAUUCCCUACGAAGUAACAUAUCUUGCCCACCUCUGUUUGACAACAUGGAAGCUCCGCUCGCUAAGUGCUUGGAAGAGGUCGUUGAGACUGGAGCAGUUGGAAUAAUCUGCGCCGACAGACAUGGCUUGGCACUGCACAGUUCGGGACCAGUGCAGCUCAAAUCGGCCGGGGUGAUUGCAACGUUAGCCAGUUUGGCCAAGGAAAUUGACCCAUCGUGCGACACGACUCCCACCAUACACCUCGAAUCUGAUUCACUGGACAUCAUGAUACAACAGAAGGAGCUGGUCACAGUGGGUGUCUACUCUGCAGCGAAGAAAUAGUGCGUUCUUUGUAAAAUAUUGAAGUUCUUCUUGUUAAGCUGCGAGCCCCUUCAUGUUUGAUGUAUAGAAAUAAAGACUGUUUUU